CUCCCCAGCGUCACUUGGCAUCACUCGCGCUCGAGCGGUGCGCGCCAUCCAGGGGUGUAUUGUAUCGGUGUAAAUGAUUAAGAAAUCCUAAAAGUUUUUGUUACUCCCACGUCAGGGAGAUUGCAGGGUAUUCUUGAAAAGGAAAUGAAAGAACUGGACUUUCAUUUAUUAACCUGUGGGUUUUGCUACGUGUUUAACCUGACAACGAAUGCGCGCGCGCGGUACUUGUAACUUAAAGCUCGAUCGGAUAGUUGCGCUUUAAUUGAAGCUGUUGAAACCGAAAAACAGGAAUAUGGAGGAACGUUUUAUGAAACGUGUUUUACAUUUCUACGUUGACAACAAUUCACUUCCCACAGAAAACUUGGAAAACUUCCUGCAUCUCAUUACAAGCAGACGCGAGGCAUCUAUCGACAGCGACGCAAAUCCACUGAGGAAUGUAGAGUGUUUUUCAUUGUCCGAGCUGCUUUUGUGGUAUGGGUUAGGUAAUGCUUCAGCGCUCAGUUUGGAUGAUCUUGAGUUGAUGUGUCCAGCUAUCCUCACCCAGAUCUUGCUGCCUACCUGCCCCAACACAUCUCCAUCAGAUCUGAAACCCCCUGCCCACAGAGUUUGGGGUUAUGGGUUCCUGGCUGUGACUGUGAUAAACCUUGCUGCUCUGUUAGGGUUACUUCUGGUGCCUUUCACAAAGAAAGCAUAUUUUCCGAAAAUCCUGACCUACUUCAUUGGACUUGCCAUCGGAACAUUGUUUUCAAAUGCUGUAUUGCAACUGAUCCCAGAGGCCCUCGGCUUAGAUCCCAAAGAUGAUAACUAUGUGCUGAACGCUGUUGGGAUUUUUGGUGGGUUCUACGUAUUGUUCUUCACCGAACGAGUUUUAAAGAUGGCCCUGAAAGCUGAUACAGAGCUUGGGCACAGUCAUUUUCCUCCCAUGCAGUCAGCUGAUGUCCCUAUCGCCACCUUCAGCAAUGACAUUGUCAUAAACAACAUCAGCAGUGACAUCAUUACAAACAACACGCCUCAUCAAAUCAACUGUAAUGAGAAGAUCAACAGUCCAAGUGAAAGUUCAACCAGUGAACAGAAUGCAUGCGUGUUGUGGGCUUGCCAUUGGCUGAGAGGAGACCGAACGGCUAACAUAAAGACUGUGGCAUGGAUGAUCAGUCUUAGUGAUGCCCUUCAUAACUUUAUAGAUGGUCUUGCCAUUGGUGCAUCCUUCACACUCUCCCUGCUCACCGGCUUCAGCACAUCAAUUGCCAUCUUCUGUGAAGAGUUCCCUCAUGAGCUCGGUGAUUUUGUGAUACUGUUGAACUCGGGAAUGAGUGUGGCCCAAGCUGUGUGUUUUAAUAUGCUGUCAGCUAUGUGCUGUUAUCUUGGUCUAGCAUUGGGGAUCGUGUUGGGCAGAAGUUUCGCCCCUAAUGUUAUCUUUGCUAUUGCUGGUGGAAUGUUCCUCUACAUCUCCCUUGCAGAUAUGUUCCCAGAGAUGAACAAUAUCAUGGCUGCACAUACCAGAGGCUAUCGAGGAAAGCUUGUGUUCUUCCUGAUCCAGAAUGCUGGACUGCUCACAGGAUUUGCUAUCAUUCUGCUUAUUACCAUGUUUGCUGGAGACAUCAAUCUGGGGUAGAAAGACAAGAAACAUAGAACAAUGGCUUUAAGUGCCAGAAAGCAAACUUUAGAUAGUUUUUCGGUUUGUAUAAUAUACUAUAUUUACUGAUGAAAAUUACUAUCAAAUGGUACUGAAAGACCCAUUUCAUAAAACUGUUUAGUGGGAAUUUUUCAAACGCACUUUAAUGAGUGUGUCCGAGUGUCUGAUGGGAGUUGGCAACAAUACCCCGCUGUGUGUGGAGGAAUUCCUUAGUGGCAGUGACAGCCUAGCACAGAGAAUGUGAGGAGCUUUGUAGUUUAAAAUGCCAGUACUGUAGCCAGACACCUUUUAUAUCAUGUUUACACAGUAUGUUAGUUUGCUUUUCUAUUUCUAUAGCCUCUGAGUAUCCUUGUUUAAUAUAAAUCGUGUUAUAGAGGAAAUAUACUGUGAAUUUCAACCUUGCUACUCUAUUCUUUGUCUGUUGUAAAAUGGUAAAAGUACAGUAUACUUUAACCUACUGUUUCUAAUCUGCAUCAUUUUUUUUCUUAGAAACUAAAGUAUGAUUGGACACAAAAACAAAUGCCCAAAAUAAUGUUACAGAUGUCUAUAGCAGUAUGAAAAGAUUCCCGGUACGGCAACAUUUAGUGUCUUGUCAUAGUGUUGCAUAGUACAUUCUUCAUCUCAAUCACGUCACAAUGUAACAUAAUGAUUAGAGUGCUGCAGAAAUUGAAAUAAAGCAGGAAAAAC